UUCGUAAUCCAUUAUUCAAAUUGCAUUACAUACAAAAUAAUAAGAACAUUUCUUGUUUGCAAGAUUGCUACACUUUCAUUAAACUUUACAUAAUAACCAUAACAAGUUGGUGUCUUACUAACAGCUGUUGUUCCUAGAGGGCAGUGUUGAAAGAAAACAUAAAGGCAAUACAAAAAAAGAGAACAUCUCUGUAUACAUCUUGUACUAUUGACAAAACGUUGUAGUGUACAUAUCUGAAAUGACAGUUUUCCCUAAUGCGUUUUUUCCUCACUACUUGUGAAUGGUGAGAGCCUUGUUUUUUGUUCAUUUAUAAUUUUAUUUUACUUAUAUUUACUUUUCCUUUUAAUAUGUGGUGGCUACAUACGAUCAGGAGAGCCUACGUCAGGUUCUACAUCAAUUCAUAAAUCCCAAAACGUAUUAAAUUUUUCCGGGCAGCCUCUUCUCAUGCAUGUGAGCUUAUACAAAGGUAUAGAUUUCUCAAUUGGCUGUUCCCAGCUUUUCACUGUUGGCCCCAUUCCAGAUUUCCAAUGUAUGGCAAUUGCUUUCUUUGCAUACAUACAGAGUAUAGUUACCAGUGUACGUUGAGCACGACUUGGGGACAUGUCUUCCAACUGGUUGAGUAGCAGUACACUGGGUUCCAUCGGCAGUGGUCUAUCUGUUUUCCCCCUUAUUAUCUGAGUUACCUCUUUCAAAAAUAUUUAAACUAUUGGGCAUUCCCAAGUCAUGUGAAAGAAUUCAGUUGGGAAGUGCUGACACCUGGGACAUUCUUAACUUAGCAGUGGAUUAAUUUUGUGUAACCGUUGAGGGGUAAGGUAAGUUCGGUGUACAUAAUGUCAUUUUCUCUUGCCUAAUUGGGGGACACAGGCACCGUGGGGAUGAAGAUCCUGCAGCUGGAGAUGGACACUAUGUUGCAAAAUAAGACUCCUCCUCCUGCUCUGGGCUUCAUCCCCUGCCUCCUCCUACAAUCCUCAGUUUCUUUUAGUGUCCUCAGAAGGAGACGACACACUUUUUUCAAGUCUAGUGGCUGGAGCACUGAUCAGGGCCUCAGGUCUAAGAUCACGCCACACCCAGGGGCCACUGAUUUAUUCAAGCGCCUCUCCAGCUGAUCUUCAUUGCCCUUUAGCCUUCCCGCUCUCCGGAGGUCUGCAGGCUGGCUCCUCAUCCCCUACGCUGCUUUCCCGCUCUACGGAGGUCUGCAUCAGCGGUUUACAUCCACCUGGGUGUAUAACGGUAUAAUAGCUCACAUAUACAUAUAUAUUUCACACCUGUGCAUAUAUAUAUUUAUAUGUGUGUCUCUUAUCCACAGGGGAAGUUAUCCACAGGGCUCAGCUGGCUGUCUUUCUGUAGACCUUUCUUGCCUGGAGACUAUCCCACAGCCAUACCUCUGCUUCAUCUAACGGAGGCCGAUUCCCCUGCCUCAUAAUAAAAAAAAACAAACAAAAAAACAAAAAAAACAAAGGGGGUUUAAGUAAUUGACUGGGAUUUUUUCCCAUUACUCCUGCCAGUUUCCCACGAAGGAGCAAUAUGGCUAACAAGGCAGAUGAGCCCAGGACCUCUAAGUCCUCAGCUCAAGCUCACCCUCAGGUCUCUUUUUUUAGCCUGCUCAAAUUGUAAAACUAAAUUUUCUUCAGCCUCGGCUGACUCAUUGUGUGGGGCCUGCAGAAACUCCGAUUUACCACCCCUACCUCAGGCUAGUACUUCGGAUCCAGAUCUACUUAGGGCUAUUUCCCUCUCACUCGCAGGCAUUCAACAUUUGGCCCGCAUACCCGAGACCCUAGACAAAGUUCUGGAACACUUAUCCCAACCUUCUCAUUCUCAACUCCGCCUGGGGAAGAACAAACGCCCCCCCCCUUCCCCUCCGGACUCCCCUGGGGAACACCCCUCCCCUUCUGACGAGGAAGGCCAGGUCCUAUCAGCCGAGGACUCCGAUCAGGACCUCCCUGAUCCCGACAUAGACACUCCCAGAACUCAAGGGGAAGUGGAAGGACUUAUCCAAGCUGUCCUGAACACGCUCAACAUAGAGGAUGACUCUCCCUCGAUCGAGCCGGCAAAGAACAUCUUUAAGCGACACAAGAAAAGUUCAUGCCUAUUCCCCGCAUACGAACAGCUUGAUGACAUCAUCAAGUCCCAAUGGAAAAACCCUGAUCACAGAGUGCAACUCUCCAAACGUUUCACGCAGACAUACCCUUUUCCUAAGGAGUGCAUUGAUCUCUGGUCCUCCCCUCCUGCAGUCGAUCCUCCGGUUUCCAGAUUAUCCAGAAAUACCACCAUUCCUGUCGCCGAUGCGGCCGCUUUCAAAGAUCCCAUAGACAAGCGUCUGGAGGGGUUCUGCAAGUCCUCCUUCACCGCCUCUGGCUCGGCCUUCCGGCCCAUCUUCGCUAUCGCCUGGAUGGCUAAGGCCAUGGAAGUCUGGGUGGAACAGGCGGCACAACUCAUAGGAUCCGAAGAUCCUACUACUGACAACAUCCUUUCACAAAUAGCUGACGCUACUACCUACAUCGGAGACGCAGCACUCGAUGCAGCAAGGUUGGUGGCUCAAGCUUCAGCCCACUCCGUAGCCGCUUGUGGCUAAAGUCCUGGUCUGCUGACCUAACCUCCAAACGCUCCCUAGUCAGCAUCCCCUUUCAAGGUAAACUCCUCUUCGGGGCCGAACUGGAUAAGAUCAUUUCUCAGGCGACUGGGGGAAAGAGCACGCUCCUCCCACAAACUAGACCCAAGAGACCCCCCUUCAAGAGGAGACCCUUUUUUCGUCCCUUCAAGCAAGGACAAAGGUCGAAGACGCAAUCCGAUAAGUCCAACUCCAACUUUCGCUCCCGAUUUCAGGGCAAACAAAGACAGCCCUGGUCCUCUUCCAAGCCUACCUCCAAGCCCUCACAAGAAAAACCCCACACCGCAUGAAGGUGUGCCCCCUCCCGAAGGGAUUCCCUUAGGAGGCCGACUCAAAUCCUUUCGAGAGGUUUGGCACAACAAGAUUCGGGAUCAGUGGGUCCUUCGGGUCGUUUCCCAAGGACUUUUGAUAGUCUUUUCUCACACGC